UUCCGCGGCUCCCGCUCUCCCUGCUGCCUCCCUCCUCCGCGCAAAUGGGAUGCCAGCUAAACGUGAUGUUGUAAAAUCCAUGUGAGGACGAAAGGCAGAUGCAAUGAUUUGAAAGGUCUGUCUUGGGAGGAAAACCAGAUUUUGCCUACUGGAAGAAUGCAGUGAAACUGCCAGUAUUUCUAGCUGGAAUUAUUAAUUUAACAUUCAACUUUAGUGUUACUAGUUUCUUACUAAAUAGUACCUCAAAGUAGAAGAAAAAUGUAUGGAAGUGCAAGAACAAUCAGCAACUUAGAAGGAAGUCCCUCCAGGUCCCCCCGCUUGCCAAGGUCCCCCCGCCUGGGCCACAGGCGAACCAGCAGCGGGGGAGGAGGGGGGACAGGGAAGACGUUGUCCAUGGAGAACAUCCAGUCCCUUAACGCAGCCUAUGCAACAUCUGGACCAAUGUACCUGAGUGACCACGAGGGUGUAGCUUCUACUACUUUCCCAAAGGGCACAAUGACUCUUGGAAGGGCUACAAAUCGAGCUGUGUAUGGUGGCCGAGUCACAGCCAUGGGGAGCAGCCCCAAUAUCGCUUCUGCUGGACUGUCACACACAGAUGUCCUUUCUUACACUGACCAGCACGGAGGGCUGACCACAUCCUCACACCACCACCACCACCAGGUUCCUUCCAUGCUGAGACAGGUUAGGGAUAGCACCAUGUUAGAUCUGCAGGCUCAGCUUAAGGAUCUACAGAGGGAGAAUGACCUUCUCAGAAAAGAACUAGACAUUAAGGAUAGCAAGCUGGGGUCCUCUAUGAACAGCAUCAAAACUUUCUGGAGUCCUGAGCUAAAGAAAGAGAGAGUAUUGAGGAAAGAAGAAGCAGCCAGAAUGUCAGUUCUUAAAGAACAGAUGAGAGUUACCCAUGAAGAAAAUCAGCAUCUGCAAAUGACAAUCCAGGCACUUCAAGAUGAGCUUAGAACCCAGAGAGACCUUAACCAUCUUCUCCAGCAAGAAAGUGGGAACCGAGGAGCUGAGCAUUUUACCAUUGAGCUCACGGAGGAGAAUUUUCGAAGACUUCAGGCAGAGCAUGAUAGACAAGCUAAAGAGCUCUUCCUGUUGAGAAAAACUCUAGAAGAAAUGGAGCUUAGGAUUGAAACACAAAAGCAAACACUAAAUGCCAGAGAUGAAUCAAUAAAAAAGCUUCUAGAGAUGUUGCAAAGUAAAGGUUUGCCUUCUAAAGGAAUGGAAGAUGACAAUGAGAGAACUCGAAGGAUGGCAGAGGCUGAAUCUCAGGUUAAUCAUUUAGAAGUGAUUUUAGAUCAGAAGGAGAAGGAAAACAUGCAUCUUAGAGAGGAACUGCAUAGAAGAACCCAACUUCAGCCUGAGCCAGCAAAGACGAAGGCUCUGCAAACAGUCAUCGAGAUGAAGGAUACAAAAAUAGCUUCACUUGAGCGCAAUAUAAGAGAUCUUGAAGAUGAAAUACAGAUGUUAAAGACAAAUGGAGUUCUGAAUGCAGAGGACCGAGAAGAAGAAAUCAAACAAAUAGAAGUUUACAAGAGUCUCAAGUUCAUGAAAAAUAAGAUUGAUCAACUGAAACAAGAACUCUCAAAGAAAGAAUCAGAACUUCUUGCCUUACAAACUAAGCUUGAAACCCUUAGCAAUCAGAAUUCAGAUUGCAAGCAACACAUUGAAGUGCUUAAAGAGUCCCUUACUGCCAAAGAACAGAGAGCUGCCAUACUUCAGACAGAGGUUGAUGCCUUGCGAUUACGGUUAGAAGAAAAAGAAACCUUUCUGAAUAAAAAAACAAAACAACUUCAAGACCUCACAGAAGAGAAGGGAACCCUUGCUGGAGAAAUUCGAGAUAUGAAAGACAUGUUGGAAGUAAAAGAACGAAAAAUUAACGUCCUUCAGAAAAAGAUUGAAAAUCUACAGGAGCAACUUAGGGACAAAGACAAACAACUAACUAAUCUAAAAGACAGAGUGAAGUCGCUGCAGACGGAUUCCAGUAAUACAGACACAGCACUGGCAACCUUAGAGGAAGCCCUAUCAGAAAAGGAAAGAAUAAUAGAGCGUCUGAAGGAGCAAAGGGAUCGAGAUGACAGAGAAAGACUUGAAGAAAUUGAAUCUUAUAAAAAAGAAAACAAGGACCUGAAGGAGAAAGUUAAUGCUUUACAAGCUGAACUGACAGAAAAAGAGUCUAGUUUAAUCGAUCUCAAAGAACAUGCAUCUUCAUUGGCAUCAGCAGGGCUGAAAAGAGACUCCAAACUUAAGUCUUUAGAAAUAGCCAUAGAACAAAAGAAAGAAGAGUGUAGUAAGUUGGAAGCACAGUUGAAAAAGGCUCAUGAAGCUGAAGAGGAGGCACGAAUGAAUCCAGAAUUUGCAGACAGAAUGAAACAGCUUGACAAGGAGGCAUCGUACUAUAGAGAAGAAUGUGGCAAAGCUCAGGCUGAGGUUGACAGACUUCUAGAAAUACUCAAGGAAGUAGAGAAUGAGAAGAAUGACAAAGAUAAGAAAAUUGCUGAGUUAGAAAGACAUAUGAAAGACCAAAACAAGAAGGUUGCCAAUCUGAAGCACAAUCAGCAGCUGGAGAAAAAGAAGAAUGCGCAGUUGUUGGAAGAAGUUCGUAGGCGAGAGGACAAUAUGACUGACAACUCUCAACAUUUACAAGUAGAAGAGCUGAUGAAUGCACUGGAGAAGACCAGACAAGAAUUAGAUUCUACCAAAGCCCGUCUUGCCUCAACACAGCAGUCUUUGGCUGAAAAAGAAGCACAUCUGGCUAACCUGAGAAUAGAGAGAAGGAAACAGCUUGAAGAAAUUCUAGAAAUGAAACAGGAAGCUUUGCUUGCUGCAAUUAGUGAAAAAGAUGCAAAUAUUGCCUUGCUUGAGCUGUCUGCUUCAAAGAAAAAGAAGACUCAAGAUGAAGUAAUGGCUCUUAAACGAGAGAAGGACAGAUUAGUACAUCAGUUAAAACAGCAGACACAAAACAGGAUGAAGCUGAUGGCAGAUAACUACGAUGAUGACCAUCACCACUACCACCACCAUCACCACCACCACCACCAUCGCUCUCCUGGGAGGACACAGCACAACCACAGACCCUCUCCAGAUCAGAAAGAGGAGAAGGGAUUUAAGGACUUGCUGUCUUGGUUUAGUUCUGUUUCUGAUUAA